UGUUUAAGCAGUAUAUGGAUUUGUUGUCUUUUUUGGUGUCCAUCAAUGACUUGGAGCUUUGCCUUAAAUCUUGUUUGUCCCUACACCCAAAACCUCCAUUUUUGCAUAUUUUGAUCCCGUGACUCAUUCUUAACUGCUAACGAACUCCCUAACUUCUUGCUUCUCCUUACCUCGCCUAUAAAAAUGCCAAACCUUUCUUAAUACAAUUUAGUAGACUCUCCAACUUAGUACUAAUUCCAACAUAAUAAAAUGGGUUCCAUUUCUAAAUUGUCAUUCAUGUUUGCCUUAAUUCUUUCUUCUCUUUGCCUGUUUUCUUCUGCUGCCUUCACUUCUAAAGAUUAUAAUGACGCUCUUGAAAAAUCCAUUCUCUUCUUCGAGGGUCAGCGGUCAGGUAAACUGCCUUCUGACCAGAGGCUGAAAUGGAGAGGCGAUUCUGGCUUGACUGAUGGCUCCACUGAUAAAGUGGACCUAGCUGGUGGAUAUUAUGAUGCAGGAGAUAAUGUCAAAUUUGGACUGCCAAUGGCCUUCACUACUACAAUGCUGGCGUGGAGUGUCAUUGAAUUUGGCAGCUCAAUGAACAGCCAGCUGGGGAAUGCUAAAGCUGCUAUCCGUUGGAGUACUGAUUAUCUUUUAAAAGCCGCCACCGCCACUCCUGGAGCUCUCUAUGUUCAAGUUGGAGAUCCAAAUAUGGACCAUAAGUGCUGGGAAAGGCCUGAAGACAUGGACACUACCCGCAAUGCUUACAAAGUAACUGCUCAAAACCCGGGAUCAGAUGUUGCAUCCGAGACGGCUGCUGCAUUGGCUGCUGCUUCUAUUGUUUUUAAAGAUUCUGAUCCUGCUUAUUCUUCCAAAUUGCUUCAAACAGCAACUAGAGUAUUCCAAUUUGCUGAUAAAUACAGGGGUUCUUAUAGUGAUUCUCUCAGUUCAGUAGUCUGCCCAUUUUAUUGCUCCUACUCAGGACAUCAGGAUGAACUUCUAUGGGGCGCAGCAUGGCUUCAUAGAGCUGCGCCUAGUGGCUCGUACUUGUCUUACAUACAGUCGAACGGUCAAAGCGCUAAUGAGGAUACCUACUCUUUCAGUUGGGAUGAUAAGCGACCUGGGACCAAGAUUCUUCUUGCCAAGGCAUUCUUGGAGAAUAAAAAAGCAGAACUUCAGUCAUUUAAAGCACAUUCAGACAGCUUCAUUUGCUCUCUGAUUCCAGGAAGUUCUGGUUUCCAGGCCCAAUAUACCCCUGGAGGCCUUCUGUACAAUAGCAAGGCAGGCGGAUGCAAUCUGCAGUAUGUAACUUCGACAGCUUUUCUGCUCUUAACAUAUGCAAAUUAUGUAAGCUCAAACGGAGGAAGUGUUUCCUGCGGUGGUUCUACCAUAACAGCAGAAUCGCUUAGAGCACAUGCAAAAAAACAGGUGGACUACAUUUUAGGAGAUAAUCCUGCAAAAAUGUCAUACAUGGUAGGGUUUGGAACCAAGUAUCCCCAACAUAUUCACCACAGAGGAGCUUCAUCACCCUCUAUACAGACACAUCCUAAUAAAAUUUCAUGCGACGAGGGCUUUCAAUACCUCAAAUCUUCAUCUCCGGAUCCAAAUGUGCUAGUUGGAGCCAUACUCGGCGGUCCUGACAGUAACGAUAAUUUUGCAGAUGAUCGAAAUAACCACCAGCAAUCGGAGCCUGCCACUUAUAUUAAUGCUCCAUUUGUUGGUGCAGUAGCUUUCUUCGCUGCGGCCAAAAACUAAUACUAAAUUGUAUGCCAAAACGGCGUGAAUGAAUGCAAAGUCAAUUGGCAUUGAUUUAGCUAUAUUAAGUUUGGCAAUGUAUAGGCAUACCUAAUUUUCUUGUGAAUACACACUCACAAUGUACUUAUUGUACUAAUCUAGCUAAGCUAAUACCAAUAAACUCACAAACUUUUCUAAUC